AUGGUUUUGAUUUCGUUUAUAAAGAUCUUAUUUUUGAAUCCUAUUCUGCUUAAUUAAGAUUGUGUAGAACUACCUGGAGCUGAUUGUCUUAAUAAUGGCUGGACUAAUGCCCAUAAUGUUAUAUCAUGUUAAGGAAUAAUUUAUAUGGGAUAAUUUACAGGAGGAAGAAGAAUAUCAAAAACAUUUUGGUGUCCAUCAGAAAACUUGAUGAGACUGUCAUUUACUAUUGCUAAAUUUGAUUCUUGGGAUGGUGAAUCGGUAUUUGUUUACAAAGAUAAUGUUCUUAUCGGCUAAAUUACUUAUGCUCCCUUUGAUGGAACAAAAAUGUGUUUAGGUUCUUAUUACCCAGAUUUAAUGGAGAAGAAAUCAUAUUAGUUUAUGUUGCCAAAAGGAUAAAAUUUUGCAAAUUUUAAUUAGUUGAUAAUUUAUAAGCAGAUAAUGAAGGUAAAUGAAAAAUACUGUUAUUGUAGAAUCAUGGGGAAUUAGAGAUAUAACUUUAUAAGUUGUAGAUCCAUGUGUUAAUUUUUAUAGCGAAUGCAAUUUUUAGGGAGAUUUGUGGAAAAUAUGUUCAGGAAAUCAGACUUCUUUAUCUAAAUUUGUUCCUUUCAAAAUAAAAUCAAUUUUUAUUUUGGAUGGUAUUAUAGUUUAGAUGAAAGACCCAAAUUAUCAAGGAGGUAUAAUUUAGACAUUCACUUCAAAUUAAACUUGCUUAGAUGA